GCCAUUUUGAAAAGACAGAAUCAUCAGGCUGAUUCAUAAACAAUCAUAAAGGACAUGUCUCGUCCUUCAAAGGCCCGGAAAAACGCGGAAACUACAAAUGGAGAUUCCAAACACACUGAUGAGCCGUCUAACUGUAUAAUUUGUUUGGAAAAAGUUAUCUGUCGCGGAAAAUUAAGCGUUUGUAAUCACUGGUUCUGUUUCCCAUGCAUAUUGGAGUGGUCAGAGAACACAAAUACCUGUCCGAUAUGCAAGGCCCGAUUUCGAUGCAUAACAAAGGUUCAUCUGAGCCCUUUCAGAUCCCCACCAACAAAGGUCCGUGUAGGAGACAAGGAUCAGAGAGUUUGGAAUGAUGAUGAUGAGUUAGUAGAGGAAGAUAUAUUUGGUGCAUUUGAUUUGGAUGAUUUUGAUGAUGAUUAUGAGCCUUCUUCUCACUACAGUAACCCUUGGACAAGACAAUCCAGGCAACAGAUGAAUACCAAUUUAGAGAGUUCAGGAGGAAGUCACAUAUGUGCUUCAAGCCAGCUGCAUCUUAAUGAGUAUGACCUUGAAGAUUCCUUUAUAAAUGAUGACAACGAUGAUGAUGAGCCCCUGUUUACAGCAUAUCACAGUACUGAUUCUGAAGAAAGCAAUGGCAUAAGUCCAUUUAUAGAAAGAACCAGCCCAUAUCAGUUCCGAAACAGGCAUGAUCCAAGAACAAGAUCUUCUAGAAGUUCAAGUGACAUUAAUAACAGUUUUCCCAAAAUUGAAGAUGCAUGCUCAUCCCAAGCAAGUCUUGGAAGGUUUAUAGUUAGCAGUGAUGAUUCACCAGAUGAGCUGAACAGUGACUGGGUACCGUUUGGCAAUAUUGGAAACAAUUCAAGGACUAAAGGCAAGUCAGACAAGGUGAAAGCAAAGGAAUGCUGUUCCAAGAGAACAAGAGCCUUAAGGAAGUCCAGAGCAAAAACCCCUAAGAAACACAAAGGCUGCAAGCAGAAAAGUAGCAAUGGCAAAAGGAAAAGACAGCAGUCUACAACUAGGAAUGAAAGGACAUCUUUAAGUCAUGGAGAACCCGGCCAGUGUUCUAUGGAUGGCUGGAUCAGCAUGGCUUCGAAAAAUGGAGAACGGCUUCCUUUGUCUUCAUUGUCAACUAAUCUAAGGACUCCUAAGAAAAGGACUUACAAAGGAAAGAAAGCCACUAAAAAUGAAGAUAACUCAAAUUAUGGUGAGGUGUAUGACAGAAGCAGUGCUUCUGAGGAUGAAUUUUUGAUUGAUCGAAUCAACAAAGGAAAAAAAAUCAAGACUUCUGUGCAUAGCUGGCAGGAAAGGAAACCUAAGAUCAAACCUAAGAUCAACAAGUUAUACUCCAGAUGGGCACAACAACAGGAAUCUAUCCCUUCUGCUUUAAUGCCAUCAUCCAGUGUGACAAGUGAUGAUAGAGGCAAAAUCAACUCUGUCGAUGAAGAAGAUUAUUCAGAUGUUAUAUUUGUACACCCCACUCCUCAACCAAAUGAAAAACGAUCAAUAUUCACCAGAAGGAAACACAGGUCUCCUGGUACAUCAUUUGAUAACAUGGAUGUUAUUACUAAUAAUCCUCCACAUUCACAAAUUCAGACACAAUAUGGACAUAAAAUUACUGACUCUCAGAGUGAUACAUGUCGUACUCGUGGAAGAACAGAGGCUAAAUCACGACAGAAGAGUCCUAUCAAGGCUACUAUCUCUCCUGCUAUUAAGAAGAGGAAAAAACCAAGGAGGGUGCUAUUGCUCAGCAGUGACAGUGAUUGAUUGAAUGCAAGUUUUGUUUAUACAGAAAAAAUCUUCAAGUUAACAGCUCUCAUUAUGGGUGUCCUAUUAUUAAAGCAAUAAAAAAAAAUUACUAAUGAACAUCAUUGAUCAUACAAUACAUUUUCCAAAACUCAUAUUUUGAAGUACUUCUUUCCUUUAUGUUAACAAUUUGUUAAUUAAAAGCUACUUCUGCCAA